GGUUUAUUUGCUUUGAACCAGAGAGAGAGAGAGAGAGAUUAUAAAGGUACAAAGUUCCCAGAUUCGGAGUCGUCUGCACAUAAAUGUCUUUAACACCCUGAAAACUCCGAGCUGAUUAAUUCUCCAGUCUCACUGCUGAUACUGCUGAGUCAGAUGAGACUGGUGUGUGGUUCGUGGCGCAGUUUGAGGAGACUCAGUCAUGUGUUCUCAGGCACACGCACCCUCACCUCAGCCAGCAUGCGCCUGGUCCAGUUUUGCAGAAGGGGAGCCGAGGGAGGCGUGAGGGUCGGUGUGGAGAGAGACAGCGGCGUGGUCGACCUGAAGGCGUUUGAUCAGUCCGUGCCGUCCACCAUGAGGGAGUUCUUGGAACUGGGAGAGAAGGGUAUUGAGUGUGCUCAGAGAGCCGUGUCCAGUGGCAAGUGUGUGCUCCCGCACUCCGAUAUCCAGCUCCUGUCUCCGGUCACCGGCCCGGACAAGGUGGUGUGUGUGGGUAUGAACUACAGAGACCACUGCCUGGAGCAGAACGCCCCAAUCCCUACCGAGCCCAUCAUCUUCAGCAAGUUCCCCUCCUCCAUCACGGGUCCCUACGACGACAUCCACCUGCCAGACGAGAGCCAGGAGGUGGACUGGGAAGUGGAGCUUGCAUUUGUGAUUGGAAAAAAAGGAAAACACAUAAAGGAGAAAGAAGCUCUCAGUCACGUUGCUGGCUUCACCGUAGCCAAUGACGUCAGCGCUCGUGACUGGCUGACGAAGCAGAACGGCAAACAGUGGCUUCUGGGAAAAACCUUUGACACUUUCUGUCCACUAGGGCCUGCCCUUGUUACCACAGGAACGCUGAAGGACUUCCACAGUUUGGGGAUCCGUUGCCUGGUUAACGGUGAUGUGGUCCAGGAGAGCAACACCAGUCAGCUGAUCUUUAAGACGGAGAAGCUGGUGGCGUGGGUCUCGCAGUUUGUGACUCUCUUCCCGGGCGACGUGUUUCUAACAGGCACGCCUCCAGGAGUGGGCGUGUUCAGAAAGCCUCCUGUUUUUCUGAAGAAAGGAGACGUCGUGGAGUGUCAGGUCGAGGAGAUUGGGUCCAUCCGAAACAAAGUGGUGUGACUCCAACACGGCCGACCGACUUGAUCCGAGCUACGUAGAUUGUGACGAUUAUGAUAAAAAACAAAAAUAACCGAUUAUGAUAAUGAUUAAAUGUCUCUGAAAAUCAUGUGCACUAGCAAUAGAAAUGAUAUUUCCCAUUAGUGCAGGUGCUGUAAUGUUCCAGGAGAUGGCGCUCUGCUGAUGAUAAUUAUUCUCUGGAUUUGUCUGCAUUCUGUGUUGGUCUUAAUUUUAAAAGCCUACUUUUUUGGAUAAAAACAAUGGCAAGUCUAAUUAGACAAGAGAAUAUCUUUAGAAUGUAUAUUGUUCCUGUUUUGUUACUGUUAAAUCUGAAACCUUAUAAAACACGAAAAUGUUUUUUAUAUCCGAGAAACUACUUAUGAUUUCUCAAAUAUGAUUGAGUCA